CUUUGUUGUAUCGACAAAUAGUAAUCCUGUCGUGCGGAGCGACUCUGGUUGAUUGUAGAGAGAGAGAUUGCGCCGGGUAGUCGUCGAGCGCUCGUGUGUGUGUGUGUGCGUGUCGUAUCGAGUGUGAAGAUUGCGGUUUGCUCAUCCCAUGAGUCGACCUCCGAGUAAUUUCUCGCGAUUUCCUCACGGUGCGCCACAGAUGGGCGGUAGAGGUCCCACGCACUUUGGACGUGGAUCACGGGAAAGACCCUUCAUGGGUCGAGGAGCGCCACCACCGGAUCGUCCUCCGUUCGUGCUGGGCAGCAGUGGACCUAUGAGGAACGGUCCUCACCCGGGGCGAGGUCCUUACGGAAGUGCCAGCGGGCCUCCCAUGAUGAGUGGGCGUAUACCGGGGCGUGGGGAUGCGCGAGGGGGGGCUACGUACACGAUGCACCGAAGACCCUUACCAGGCCGCGGACCCCCGCCGCCGCCUCCACAACCACCACAGGGAAUCCGGGCUGGACCGGGGCCGACUUUGGGGAGAGGAGGGCGGAAGGAAGGAACGUAUCCACAGCCGGGUUCGUUCCAACACUGGCCACCGGGUCCACCCAAUGGUAUGGGGAAUAGAAUACCUCCGCCGCCGUCGAGAACGGAUCCCGCUGUCAGGGAACGGCCCUUGCCGCACCCUCCGUACCCUACGAACCAUUCAGUGGGCCUUAGUCCGGGCCCUCUGUAUUCGCGACCCAACGGAAUGUUGCCACCACCACCUCCACCACCAGCCAUUAUCCAACAUCACAGAGAGACUCAUUCAACGAUGCCUGUAUCUAUAAUCGGAAGAGCCCCUCCACCGGCCAUGCCCCACCAGCAUUCAUCGCACUUUAUCAACGGAAAAGUUGGGCUUUCUCCCUAUCACCGCCCCCAGCCGCCACCACCGUACCCUCCAGCUGCGGCGUCUACGCAGCAACAGCCACAAGCUGCUCCUCUUCAAUCUACGUGGAAUCACCCAUCGCUGAAUAGUACGCCAAGAAAUAGCCAUCAGCUCCCCCUGCCAACAACGUCACCGGCCAUUGUUGCUCCGCUUUCCGAAGACCAGGCUUGGACCGAACACACGGCCCCGAACGGUAUGAAGUACUAUUAUAACUCAGUAACAAAAGCGAGUGCAUGGGAAAAGCCAGAAGCUCUCAAAAAAGCGCAGGCUGCUACUACCAAGCCGCGUCCUUGGACACAGUACACGGAUGCAGGUACGGGCAAGACAUAUUACUCGAAUGGUAUCACGACCAGUUGGGAAAAGCCCGCCGACUUCGAGCCGGUCGAUAGAAGGACCACCGCUACAGCGACGAUUGAAGAAGUUUCGUCUGAACCACCGCAAAAGAAAAAGAAGCCAGAAAAGAAGAACACCAAUUUUGCUAGCAAGGAUGAAGCUGUAGCUGCUUUCAAAGGAUUGCUUCUUGCGAAAGAUAUUUCGCCAAUUAUGAAAUGGAGCGACGUUGUUAAGGUGGUAUCGUCGGAUUCGCGCUGGGAGAAUUGCCAGGAUGUUUUGACGAUCGGCGAACGAAGGCAAUCUCUAGCAGAGUAUCAGACUAAGCGAGCUAACGAACUACGGACACUGGAGCGGCAAGAGCGGCAGCGUUCCAAGGAAGCUUUCCAGCAACUGUUAGCCGAGGUUUUGCCGACCGUCUCCGGCUUCUCCGCCUGGAAAUCUCGAUUCCACGAAUUUCGCGAUUCACUGGCAAAGGAUGAUCGCUUCCACGCCGUAGCGGAUGACGCCACUCGCGAUAGUCUGUUUCUCGACUUUUGUGAAGAGUCCCGCAAGCGAGACGAAAGGAGAAAACGCAACAAGAAACGAGAAGCAGAGGAAUCUUUUAUCAUGUUUUUAAAAGAGAAGCAAGAAAUCGGAAAGCUGACGUUUGCAUCGACAUGGAACUCGUUCGCUUCUUUGUUAGACGAAUUGGAGCACAACGACGCCAGAUUUGUCGCAUCAGUGGAACUGUCCGAUGCAGAUCGGCAACUGCACUUUGCUGAUUUCGUUCUUGAACUUCAGACUAGUGAAGACGACAAAAGACGUAGGAUACGAGAUGCUCGACGGCGUGCUGAAAAAGCACAGCGAGAAGCAUUUCGUACGAUGUUGCAGCACCUGGCUACUGAGGGAAAGCUUUUACCCUCAUCCCGUUGGCGUUCAGUGGAAGAGCUACUGACAACUGAUCCGAGCUUUGCUCCAGUGCAGGAGCAGGACAGAGAUGCCCCUCGCGAAUUGUUUGAAGACUUUGUGGACGAAUGGAACGAAUUGUACCGAAGAGAUCGCGCUUUGCUCAGCCGUCUUGUGAAUUCCAAGUCGGACAAUGCAAGGAAGCUUCUUGUUACGAGCACAAUGUUGUACGAUGACUUCGUAAACGCACUCUUGGACGAGGCAGCGGACUCUCCUGAAAUAUACGGUGAAGUCAAAGCUAUAAUUUUCCACGAAGUUCCUGUCUCGAGCGCUCGUCUAUACUUCAAUGAGCUACACUUUCGCGCAAAGGGCAUAGCGAGACCUAUUCUACGGCUACCCCACCAGCGAGAGGAGGAUUCUAGCGAAGACGAGGGAGAGAUUAUUGAGGACGGAGAGGCUCCAGAAUCCGUAAAUCAGCUGGCACGUGACGCGUCUUCCGUAUGA